AUGUCUCACCGCUGUCAGAGGAAACAGCGUCGCACACUUGAGGAAGUCCUGCAAGACCUGGUGGCUGCACAGGGUCGAAGGGCUCAGGAGGAGGCAGCGGCUGCCGCCGCCUCUGCUGUGAUCCCGAGCAUCCUGGAGGAGGUGCCAUCUGCUGCAGCACCGAGUCCUCCCCAGAGUCCUCAGGGAGCUGCCUCCUUGCCCACUGGCCUGGCUUCCACUCCAGGGAGCCAGUGUGAUGAGAGCUCCAGCAAGCAAGAGGGGGAGCCAAGCACUUUGCAGGAGCCGGCAUACCUGCAGCCCUUGCUGCAACACGCCUUGGAAGAGAAGAUAUCUAAUUUGGUUCAUUUCCUGCUCCUCAAGUAUCAAAUCAAGGAGCCAAUCACCAAGGAUGAAAUGCUGAAUAUUGUUAUCCAAGAAUAUGGAGAUCACUUCCCUGAGAUCUUCAAGGAAGCCUCUGAUUGCAUGCAGCUGGUCUUUGGUGUCGACGUGAAGGAAGUGGAUCCUGUCAACCACUGCUAUGUCCUUGUCACUGCCCUGGGCCUUAGUUAUGAUGAGAUGCUGAAUGAUUUCCAUGGCCUGCCCAAGGUUGGCCUUCUGAUAAUCAUCCUGGGCUUGAUCUUCUUGGAGGGCAAUCGUGCCCCAGAGGAGGUCAUCUGGCAAGCGCUGAGUAUGAUGGGGGUGCAUGAUGGGUGGGAACACUUCAUCUAUGGGGAGCCCCGGAAGCUCAUCACCCAUGACUGGGUGCGGGAAGGUUACCUGGUGUACCGGCAGGUGCCCCAGAGUGAUCCUGUGCACUGUGAGUUCCUGUGGGGUCCCCGGGCCCAUGCUGAAACCAGCAAGAUGAAAGUCUUAGAGUAUGUUGCCAGGAUCAAUGGGAACGAUCCCAGGUCCUUCCCACACCUGUAUGAAGAGGCUUUAAGAGAUGAGGAAAGGAGAGCAUGGGCAAGAGUUGCAGCCAUGGUAGCUGCGGGGGCAGGGCCAGUGUAUGACCAAGGCCCUUUCUAG